GACCGGGUCCUUGCGAAUCCAUCCAUCCAUCCACAGCUCUCCUUUCGAAAUCAAUCUAACACACACGGCUGCGGCUUCUAGAGCCCUCUGUCUGUUUCCGCUACCUACGAUGCCAGCCAUGGCCAAGCCCGCCUCCCGCACCGCCAAGCCCGCCGUGGCGACGAAGCCGAAGGCCUCUGCCGCCAAGCCGAAGGCCGCUGCCGCGGGCGCCUCCCACCCGCCCUACUUUGAGAUGAUCAAGGAGGCGAUCACGGCGCUCAAGGAGAGGACCGGCUCGAGCUCGCACGCCAUCGCCAAAUACAUGGAGGACAAGCACGGCGCUUCGCUACCGGCUAACUACAAGAGGACGCUCUCCAUCCAGCUGCGGGGUUUCGCUGCCAAGGGCAAGCUCGUCAAGGUCAAGGCCUCCUACAAGCUCUCCGACGCCGCCAAGAAGGACGACUCCAAGGCCAAGCCCGCUGCCGCCUCCAAGGCCGGGCCCAAGCCGGCCAAGGCCGCCGCUAAGCUGAAAAAGGACGCCGCCGCCAAGCCCAAGAAGACCGCCGCCGCCGGGAGCAAGCGCAAGGCGCCGGAGAAGAAGAUCGUGGCGAAGCCCAAGAAGUCCCCCGCGGCCAAGGCCAAGGCCAAACCCAAGACCGUCAAGUCCCCUGCUGCCAAGAAGGCCCGGAAGGUCGCCGCCUGAGAUUAUUCCAUAGGCUGUAGCUCUGAUUUGGGUGGUUUCUAGGACAUGUACAAACUAAGGGUGUGUCGAGCGUUUCUGAUCUGUGUUCUGGGCUAGGUAAGUUCUAUGUGUCCUGGUUGUUGGUGUAGUGUAAGUUAGGUUUCUUGGAGUGGUGGUGAUGUAUCCAGCUCUUCCUAUAUGAAAUGAACUUGCAGAUUUCUCAA